AUGAAGCUCAAGACCUUGUUCCAACCCAAGAAGUGGCUUGCCACUUCGUCCAAACAUGGCAAUGCUGUUGGUUCAACCGAUAAAGAGUACCGAGCAAGCCAUGGUUCGUCCUCGGAUACCUUGUCCAACGACUAUUCCGAUUCGACCAUGGGAAACUCCAGCAAGAGACAUUCCAGCCAAAAGAAUAACAAGAAUCGCAAGUCCAAAACUACCAGGCCAAUGGCCAUUCCAGAGCUUGUGGUGGAGUACAAGACACCCAAUGAAAAAGUGAUUACGGCAUUUAUGAAUGCAUGGAACAACCAUACCUCCUUGGAAGAAACACUCAGCUUUUUUGCAUCCCCAGAAGUUCUUGUCAAGUUUGAAGACACCCCCAGCAUUACCGGUGGAAUCUUGGCGGCAGAACAUGACAAACUGUACAAGAGCUUCCCAGAUAUCAAGUUUACCUAUGAGUGUAUCAAGGAAGAUCGCGCUGGGCAAGUGGUUGUGGAGGAGCUUCGGGCAAGUGCUACCCACACUGGCGAACCCUAUGGUUUUGGUCCCUUCCCACCGGUUCCCACAAGCAAUAAGAGUGUUGCCAAUGACCCAGAGAGGCUGUGGUUUACCGUGAAAGAUGGCAAGAUUGUCAUGAUGCAGGUCAUUUCUUUGGGGGAUAUCACUGGACCACCUGGGUUCUACGUGCAGAUUGGUGGAACGAUGGAGAUGCCACCACCAGUCCCCUAAGACGACUAGCCAUAAAAGCAAAACAGGAAAGGAUGGCUCACCAAUUGUGCGCCUCUUCUUCUGUGGUACAGA